GUGUAUAGUUACAAAUUACAUAAGAAUGUUUUGAAUCUAUGGGAAAAAGAGGGAACAAUAUAUAAUAUAUUUGUGUUUUCAUACUUCUGUGGACAACGAGGUAUCGAAGAACAAAAUGCGAGAUGGACACAGUAUGGUCGAUAUGAUUAUGGUAUACGAGAUUCCAGACCCAUCCACUCUGAAAGAUGAGGAUGAAAUAAAAGAAGAAGAUAAGAAAAACAAAAUCCGCGAAUUCUACAUCGACGGUUUGAAGGCUAAAGGUCUUCUCAUUGAGAUUGACCAAUUAAAAAUAAAGAAAAACGCUGAGGACACAAAUGACAACAACAAGAAGCCAAAGACGUUUUUUGUCAAGAUUCAUGCACCUUGGGACGUAUUGACCAAAAUGGCCGAAGAGAUGUUUCUGCGCAUGCCCUUGCAAAAAUCGGACAUAAAAAUUCCAUCGACACUUGAAACCGUGUUUGGCGAGCAGUUUGUGGCAAAAUUCAACAAUGCAAAUCCUUUAGAAUACGAAAGACAUAUUACACCAGACGACGUUAUUUAUUUCACGGCGUACUUUACAAAGGAGCAUGAGGCCGAGUUUGUGGGCAUUGAUAACCAUGAUACAUUCUUUACUUCCACCGACCGUGUCCGCAUGGUUGAAAGAAUCAUGGGACAGACGCCAUUCGAGGCCUCGGAGGACUUGAACAAGGCUGUCGGUAUUGCUAAUUUGAAGUUCACCAACGCGUUCAAGGGAAUUUAUCCAUUGCACGACGGACCGUGUGAGGUCCCAGAAGGUGGUAAGCCAGAAAAUCAACGCCAGCGAUUGCGAUGGGAGUGGGCUCGCUUUAGAAAAUGGUACAAGUAUCAGCCGCUUGACUCGAUUAAAGAUUACCUUGGAACAUCUAUUGCACUGUACUUUGCCUGGCUUGGUUUCUAUUGCACAAUGUUAGCACCUGUUGCCUUCCUUGGCUUCAUAGCGUUCCUUUACGGAGUUGGCGACUCUUACAGCUUCCCUCCUGUGAAGGAUGUUUGUGACAGUGACCAGACCGAUUACGUAAUGUGUCCACUUUGCGAUAAACAAUGUUGUUACUGGUCUCUAAAAGAUUCCUGUACGUAUAUGCGCGUAGCGCAUUUCUUCGACAACAACUUCACCAUUGCCUUUGCCUUUAUUAUGUCUAUAUGGUCAACGCUCUUUGUAGAGCUUUGGAAACGUCUACAGGUGACCCUUUCUUAUAAAUGGCAUACGUCUGAUUUUGAAAAGGUGGAGGAACAAGUCAGACCAGAGUAUGCGGCGGUCGUUACAACACUUUGUGAAAACCCGGUCACUAAUCGUAUGGAGCCGUACACACCGAGGACGACUAUCUUCAGGAAGUACGCAGGUGUUAUCAGCAUCGUUACUUUCAUGAUUACUCUAGUUAUAUCUGUUGUGAUCGGUGUUGUUCUAUAUCGAACGGCUGUUUAUGCGUCUGCUGCAAAGAAUUCAGAUGAAAGUAUUCGCAAAAACGCCAAAGUCCUCACGUCCAUGACGGCGGCUGUCCUUAAUCUCAUCUUCAUUAAUAUCCUCAAGUUUUUGUAUCAGUACGUUGCAUAUUGGCUUACAAACUGGCAGAAUCCGCGUACUCAGACGGACUGGGACGACAGCUACACGGUGAAAAUGUACAUCUACCAAUUUGUGAACGUGUACUCUUCUCUGUUCUACAUUGCUUUCUUCAAGAUCAACCUGUUUGUGGGCACUCCCGGACAUUACUUCCGACCUUUUGGUGUGAAAGACUGGCGUCUAGACACGUGCGGACCACAAGGAUGCUUGGUAGAGUUAUGCAUACAAUUGUUUAUAAUUAUGGUGGGACAGCAAAUCAUUAGCAACGUUACUGAAGUAAUAAUACUCUAUUUGAGGAAGUUGUGGAGUGAACGUAACACGCAAAAAGAAAGCAUACCACAUUUACCACAAUGGGAACAAGAUUAUUUUCUUACUGCUUCGGAAGGAACAUUGUUCUGGGAGUACUUGCAAGUUGUCUUACAGCUCGGUUUUGUUAUGAUGUUUGUUGCUGCAUUCCCAUUGGCUCCGUUUUUUGCAUUCAUAAAUGGCAUUAUGAAAAUCCGUUUUGACGCCAUCAAAUUCAUUCGCAACCAGCAACGACCAUUUCCGAAGAUGGCUGAGGAUAUUGGCGCCUGGUACCCGAUCCUCGAAGCCCUUUCUGCAUUCUUUGUUCUUGUAAAUGCAUUUGUAAUAGCGUUUACCUCCGACUUCAUCCCAAAGAUGGUAUAUAAAUACAGUUACAGCCCUGACAAAUCACUCGACGGCUAUUUGAACAACAGUCUGUCAUAUUACAACACCACCUUAUGGAACAAUGAGUCGAAACCGCGGAAGCAAUGUAAAGUUGGAAAUAUCUCUAUUCCGGAUUACUGUAGAUACACUGGUUACAGAACUUUUGGCAACGCGGACCACUACACAGCACAACAUUCGGAAGUAAUGGCCGGUCGCUUCGUAUUCAUAUUUUUCUUUCAGUUCACGAUGUCGGUGUUCAAAGGCCUUCUUGCAUACGCCAUUCCCAACAUGCCUAGCAAUCUUCUCCUCAAGAAGAAACGCGAGGAGCAUAUUGCUGAAGAAAAACUCGAGCAACCCAAGGAUAGAUGAGGCAGAAAGGGUGCACGAGAAAAAACAUACAUUUAAACAUUUAAUUUGAUGCAUGGUACUUGGAUGUAAUGACAUUUAUUCAUUGAAAACUGUAUUGUUAAGCGCAUUCAAUCUACAUAGACUUGUAGCAGGAAUAGCAUGAGACUAUUAGAAGUUGCAUACUCAUA